AUGGAUCUUCUCCAAGGGCUGAUACAACAGCCGAAAGUUCAAUCUGUGGAUGAAACCAUUCCAACAUUGUGCGAUCGAGUUGAGAACUCUACUUUGAUUAGCGAUAGGCGAUCCGCUGUGCUUGGGUUAAAGGCGUUCAGUCGUCAGUAUAGAGAGUCCGUGAUUGCAUCUGGGCUGAAACCGUUGCUCAACACUUUGAAGCGUGAUUACAUGGAUGAAGAUUCGGUGAAGGCUAUCCUGGAAACAAUUUUGAUUCUUUUUAUUAGAGGUGAUGGUCAUGAUGACUUGACUAGAGGCUGGAUAUCUCAACAAUCGCGAUUACAAAAUGGGAAGUAUCCUUCACCGUUGGUAAUGAAGCAAGAAAAGGAACAAGUAGAUCAGUUUUCGCUAUGGAUCGCUGAUGCUCUGACGCAAUCCGAAGAUUUGAUUCACUUGCUCGUUGAAUUUUGGGAAAUUGACAACUUCCAUAUCAGAUUGUACACAAUUCAAUUACUAGAAGCUGUAAUGGCUACGAGACCGUUAAAGGCGAGAAGUGCUUUGAUUUCGUUGCCAACAAGCAUAUCCACGAUGGUUUCACUCCUGGAUGACAUGCAUGAACCCAUCAGGGAUGAAGCCAUUUUGUUAUUAAUGGCUGUAGUGAACGAUUCGCCACACGUUCAAAAACUGGUUGCUUUUGAAAACAUCUUUGAAAGACUUUUUUCCAUCAUUGGGGAAGAGGGCGGAUUAAGAGGAUCUCUAGUUGUCAAUGAUUGUUUAUCAUUGAUUAAUAAUAUCCUAAAGUAUAACACUUCUAACCAAACUCUAUUCUUGGAAACAGGAAACUUGCCCAAACUAGCACACCUCUUAAGUGAACCAAUAGCCCAAAAUGAAGACUUUUUUUGGAAUGACCAGAGAAUAAUCAAUAUUAACACGGCUUUAGACAUUGUCAGUCUUACGGUGGAGCCAGGAAAUACUGUCACCGCUGAACAUCAAAAUGUCUUACUCAACUCAAGCGUAUUAAUGGUUGUAUUACGGCUUGCAUUCUUUCAUAACAUCCCAAAAAAAGUUAGGCCAGUUGCCCUCUUGACGGCUGCAAACAUGAUCAGAAGCAAUCAAUAUGCACAGUCGGAAUUUAGUAAAAUUGACGUUCCAUAUUUUGAUCCUUCAUUACCUACAAACUCUACAACAAACCGUGGUACAACAAAAUUAGUUCCUGUAGUCAGCAUUCUAAUAAACUGGAUGCUUUAUGCCAAUUCUGUUCACACGUUUAAUACAAGAGUUGCGUGCUCUAGAUUAUUAAAGGCUUAUCUCAUGGACAACUUUGACAUCCAAAAAGACUUUUUACUAAAACAAGUUCAGUUAUGUAACAAUUAUCCGGCAAAUAAUAACCACGAUGAUAUUGAAGAAAAUGGUACCACUAACGAAGUUAAAGCAGAAGAAAAUAUAGAUGAAGGUACAGAUACAAAGGUUAAUACGGAAUAUGAAAACAUUCUCAAGGCUAACUUAUUUGAAGUCUUGUUGAAUUACGAUGCUGAGCUGACUCUAAACCCUUUUAAGCUGUUUUUCACAACUGACAUUUUCAUGUUUCUUUUUAAUCAGGAACAUCAAUUCAGUGAAGAAUUACGUGAAAUUACAAGACACGUUACCACUGGCAACGACCUUGAUGACGAAGAACCUCUAAAGGCUAUUCAAACAAUAAGUGAACUAUUAACCACUUCCCUUACUACUGCUGACAUAAGGAUCCCUAUCUCUUACUUAACCUUCUUAAUAUAUUGGCUAUUUGGUGAUUCCAAAGCAACCAAUGAUUUUCUUUCGGAUAAAUCUGUGAUCAAGUCCUUACUUUCCUUUUCUUACCAAAUUCAGGAUGAAGACGUUACUAUCAAAUGUCUUGUGACAAUGUUACUUGGUGUAGCCUACGAGUUUUCGUCUAAAGAAUCUCCAUUUCCUAGAAGGGAAUAUUUCGAACUCAUCACCAAAAGCUUAGGAAAGGAUAAUUAUGCAUCCCGGGUCAAACAAUUUAAGAAAGACUCGUUUUUCUCAAGGAUCGACAUAAACGAAGACAGUAUAUUGGCGCCAGAGCUUGAUGAAACCGGCUUACCAAAAGUUUAUUUCAGCACUUAUUUCAUACAGUUAUUCAAUGAAAACAUAUACAGAAUUAGAACCGCUUUAUUGCACGAUCCAGAUGAAGAACCAGUAAAUAAGAUAUCUUUCGAAGAAGUCGAAGAGUUACAGAAGCAAUGUUCGAAGUUGAAGAGCGAAUUAAGCUUCUUACAAAAGGAAACGGAAAGUACUAACGGGAAUCUUACUGAGAAAUUAAAGAAUCUGUCCCAAGAACACGAAGAGUUAGUUGAAAGAUAUCGAUUAUUGGAUUCCUCACAUAUUUCAUUAAAAAAAAAUUUUUCCAAUUUGGAAACUGAACUGAAGAACAUCAAAGGUUCCUUGGAUGAAAUGACGCAGCUAAAGAAUGUACUGGAAACUAAAGAUAAAGAGAAUCUGGCUGCUUUACAAGAAUAUAAAGGUACCAUUCACAAACAAGAGGACACUAUUAAAACUUUAGAGAAGGAACUUGAAACUACAUUCUCUCAAAAGAAGAAGGCAGAAGACGGCAUAAACAAAAUGGGUAAAGACCUAUUCGCUUUAAGUAGGGAAAUGCAAUCAGUUGAGGAAAAAUAUAAAAACCUACAAAGAGAAAAAGACAAAAGUGAUUCCAAUUACCAGAAAGAGGUUAAACUACUAAAAGAAGAUACUGUGAAAAAAAUGACUGAAAUAAAGAUUUUGAACGAAAAUCUUAUAAAAACGAAAACUGAACACAACAAUUUGUCAAAAGAGAAAGAAAACAUUUCGAGAGAGUUGACAGAGUAUAGAUCACGGUUUCAAAGCCAUGAUAGUUUAGUCACGAAACUAACCGACAAAUUGAAAUCCUUAGCAAAUGAUUAUAAGAAUAUGCAAAGCGAGAACGAAUCAUUAAUAAAAGCAGUAGAAGAAACGAAAAGCGAAAAAACUAUGCAAUUGUCUGCUUUACAGGACGAAAUUGAUUCUUUAUCACGGCAAAAGGAAAAUUUUCUGACGGAGAGAGAAAGCUUGGAACAAAGUAUCAAACAACUAAGAGAAACCAUAUCCGCCAUAGAAAAAGCAAAAGAAGAAGCUAUCUCAAGGUUCAAUUCUUCAAAAGAUAAUUAUGAGUCUCAGCUCGGUCUAUUGAGAGAGCAACUGGAAAAUACAAGAAAUGCAAAAGAUGAAAGCGUGAAUAGAAUCUCAGAGUUAAUUCAAAAUAGUAAAAAUCUGGAAGCUGAGCUAGAAACUUGCAGGCAUCUCAAAGAUGGAUUGGAAGCAAAAAUAGAAACUUUCGAAAAAGCUUUGGAUGUAAUAAAGAAAAGUGAGCAGCAUUUAAAGGAGGAAAAGAUGCAACUCGAAAAAGAAGUUACUGACACUAAACAACAAACAGAAAUCUUACGCAGUAAUUUAAAAUCAUUGGAAAAAGAGCAUGAAGAUUCCAUCGCUCUGAUAGAGAAGUACAAAAAACAUAUAAUUGACAAGGAAGGGGAGUACAACGAAAGAGCUUCCGAACUAAACGAUGAGAUUAAUUCUCUACAACAGGAAAAAGAGACAAUUCGCCUAAAAAGUGACAAACUGGAAGGCGAUAUUAAAGAAAUGAAGAACACUUUGGGAGUGCAGUCUAACUCGAAAGAGUCCGAGAUCAGAGCUCUCAAUAUGCAAAUCAAAGAGCUCGAGGAAAAGAGCCAAAAAAAUGAAGCCAAUUUAUUACAGUCAGUUAAAAGUUUAGAAUCUGAGACAACAAAAGUGAGAGAGUUGCAGGAGGAAUGCGACCUUAAAAGAAAAAAAAUUGGUGAAUUAGAAAAAAAAAUAAAAGCUUCAGAAGAUAAAAACUCCCAAAUUUCGGAACUGCAGAAAGAAUCAGAGGAGACAAAAAGAGAGCUAGAAGCUAAAACGGCUGAAGUAAAAAAUCAAUUGGAAAAGAUCAGUAAUUUGAAUGAGUUAAAAGAAAAAUCAGAUAUUGAGUUUACUCGAUUGAAGAAGACAUGGUCUGAAGACAAAAAGAAUAUGGAAGAACAAUUGGAUAAAGUAAAGAACGAAAUGCAAAUCAAGAAUCAGGCUUUUGAAAAAGAAAGAAAACUGCUUAACGAGGGUUCUUCAACAAUUACGCAAGAAUAUUCCGAAAAGAUCAACAUGUUAGAAGACAAAUUAAUGAUAUUACAAAAUGAAAAUGAAUCAAAGACCAAACAAAUAGAUGCUGUCAGGAAUGACUUGGAGAGGGCCACUUUAAGCAAAGAUGAACUUUUAGAAGAGAAACGGAAUGAAAUCAAGAUCUUAAAUGAUGAGAUUCUUUCAUAUAAAGAAAAGUUAAGUGAAACAAACAAAGGUUUGCUAUCAAAAGAACGAGAAAAUAAGCAAAAUAUAGAAAGUUUAAGAGAACAGCUGCGAACUCUAAAAGAAUCUAAAACUAAAGUUGAAGAGGGAUUAAAAGUAAUUGAGCAGAAAUCUGCAACCCAAAAAGCGGAGCUGGAGAAAUCUAAAGAAACUGUAAAAACAUUAGAAAGUACAAUCAAAUGUAAUGAAAAAGAGUUGAAAUCUUCAAUGAAGGUCAUGAAGGAAUCUGACGAGAAAUUGGAACAGUGCAGAAAGAGUGCGGAGGAAGAGAUUAAGAACUUGCAAAAUGAAAAGUCUACUUUAGAGACUCAAAUAAAGGAAUCUAAAAAAGAGAUUGAGGAGCUUGAAAGAAAAUUAAAGAUUGAAGCGAAAUCUACCACUGAACUAGAGACCAUAGAACAACAACUAAGUAAAGCAAAUGAGAAAUUGAAUGUCAACCGAAAAGAAGAUGCACUUUUGAAGUCAAAAUUGAAAGAUUUAGAACGUGAACUAAAAGAAAAACAAGUAAAAAUAAAAAAUAACAUAGAAGAAAAAGAAUUGUUAACUUCUCAACUCAAAACUUUGGAGCAAGAGCUGGAUAAUGCUCAACAAAAGACUCAAAAAUGCGAGGAAGAAAGUAAAAUUGAAGUCAGGAAAUUGCAAGCUGAGAAGACUGAAUCUGAUGAAAGAGUCGUGCAACUUGAAACCAAAUACAACAAUUUAGUAGCUAAAGAAGAAAAUUGGAAAAAGGAUGAAGAUGCUAUAAAUAAAACUACCGAUUCCCAGAAAACUGAGAUCGAGAAGUUGGUCAUAGAAUUGGAAAAGUUGAAGACGGAAAACUCUAAGUUGAAAGAAGUCAACAAAGAUCGCUCGGAAAUUGAUGACCUUAUGCUUUUGGUUACUGACUUGGAUGAGAAAAACACCAAAUAUCGCUCCAAGUUAAAAGAUUUAGGUGUUGAAAUUAGCUCUGAUGAAGAAGAUGAAGAAGACGAAGAAGAUGAAGAAGAUGAGGAGGAAGAAGAUGAGGAGGAAGAAGUUUAG